AUGCAUCUGUCUUCCCUUCUCCCUCCCCGCUCCAAACCAGAAUGUUUAGCUACUGACCAAAGUUUCAUCGACAAAGUGGAGGUGUUCCUGCGCAAUAUCCCCAUCGAUCUCAACGAAGAUGGGCUGAAGGUCCAGCUCGAGCCAUUCAUGAAGCGACUGCAGAUCGUUGAUUUCAUCUGCGAGAAGCCUAGAAAAAAGGGCCAUGGAAAUGUCACUUUUUUAAAUCGACGAGACGGAGAACGAUUCUUGGACAGACACGGCACACGGAAGACCAGGUCUCUUUUACCGUCACCUGCACAUCCCCCUGUGUAUAACUUGCGCUUCAUGGGCACGGAUAUUCUCUGUGAGCUGAGCAGAAGACCACAGCCCCAAGCAUUCACUCUCCGAGCUCUGGAACAUGCCGCGCAAGAGAGGACAAAUCCCCUCUACACCACCGAAGAGGAUACGUCCGCGAUAGUGUUUCGAUUGGCCAGCUUUAACUGCGGUUAUUAUGCCUUCCACACGAAACAUCUAGCUUAUGUACCGCAGAUCUGGUGGAAUCAAUGUGGAAUAGUCAAGUGUACCAAGCGGAAUUUUGUGGUGAAAUUGGAGAACAGUUAUCUGAUUCGGAUCCCCCUGAGUACAAUUGUGGAGCUGGUUUGGGAAAGCAGUGGGUUGCUGACGCUCACCCUGUCAACUGUGCCACUGUUCUUCAUGGGCUCAUACUUGCCCAUGUCAGACGCCGAUCCGAUCCUCUCAGGACUCAGGGGAUUGGUACUAAAAAGUGGCAUCUAUCCACCCCAGGAGGUGCAGCAUAAUCGACUAUGCGCGCUAGGAGAAAAGCAUGCUGAGUUGGUUGGACAAUGUCUCAUCUAUCAAUUCAAGGUAUCCACAGAAGAGUUGUUGACCAAGAUCAACAAGCUCAAGAAGCGUGAAAUAGCUAUCACUCGGUACAGCGUUUCGGUCCCGUCAUCCCCGGCUUUCAAUCCAAUGCCCUUCGUGCGUCAGCUGAAAGCCUUCAAGGCGCAGAUUGAAGCAUAUACGGCAGGUCGAUUAGUGCCAUUCGAAAUCCUUUUUCAACUACAAGCUCUUGUCGACAAUGCCUAUAUUCUCCCAUCCGUGGCGCUUGAUCUGGCCAGAAUGCUCAGGAAGGAGACAGAGGCACGAAAGGCAGGUGGAAAAUUACCUGUGUCUGUGGACGCGAUGAGAAAGCUGUUUUACACAAUCGACUGGCCUUCGCCUCACGGCAUUCCUACAGAUUUUGACGCAAACUCGAUUUUCAACUCCAUCAAACAAAACGAAAAGGAGCUUAAGCAUGAACAUUCUUGCGUGACCGGUAUUUCCAACUCACGCCAGAAACUUACCCGAAUCUGUCGGGUCACGGUGACACCAUCUCGAAUUACCUUGCAUGGACCUGAAAUGGAACCCAACAACCGCAUUCUGAGGAAGUUUCCAAAUCACCACGAAUACUUCAUUCGCGUGCAAUUUUGUGAUGAGAAUGGACAGGAUAUAUUUUUCAGUCCCCAAGUGAAUAAUAGGCAUGUAUUCGCCCGCUUCAAAAAGAUUUUGAAGGGCGGAAUCGAGAUUGCCGGACGGACAUACACAUUCCUAGGGUUUUCACAUUCGUCUCUCAGGGCACACUCAGUUUGGUUUUCGGCUCCCUUUGUUGAUGACGAUCGCAAUCUUCAAACCUAUUUCACGAUCAUCAAGGCGCUUGGCAAGUUCUCUCACAUAACAUCGCCGGCACGAUGCGCGGCGAGAAUCGGACAAGCAUUUUCAGAAACACCCUUCAGUGUUGAUGUUGAGAAGAUGAAAAUUGACUACAUACCAGAUAUAGUGUCCCCUGAUCACCAACGGGUUUUCAGUGAUGGCAUCGGUGCCGUUUCCCAGGAGGUCAUCCAAGCGAUUUGGGAGAGCCUGCCGCCUUCAAAAGGCUCCCCGACAUGUGCUCAGGUCCGUUUAGGUGGUGCAAAAGGAAUGCUUGCGCUCAACAGCCGACUGGCUCCUGGGUCGGUUAUUAACCUUCGUCCGUCAAUGGUGAAAUUUCCUAGUGACGAUCUUCGUGUCUUGGAGAUUUGUGAUGUGGGGUCCAAGCCAAUUCCUUUGGUUCUCAACCGCCAAAUCAUCAAGAUCAUGGAGGAUAUGAAAGUCCCCGAAAGAUGGUUUUUUCACUUACAGGAGAUCCAGUUGACCGAUCUACGAAAAAUCACCUCUACGGUUGAAAACACAGUGAAGUAUGUGAAAAGGCAAAGUAUUAGCCAAUCACUACGAUUGCACAAGCUAUUUCAUUACUUCAAUGCUCUUGGAAUUGACUACAGGAAAGAAAAUUUCCUUCGGUCUGUUAUUGAGAUACUGGUUCUUCGUGAACUUCGCUUGCUCAAGCAUAAGGCGCGAAUACUCGUCCCGAAGGGCGUCACACUCUUUGGUAUCAUAGAUGAGACUGGCUUUCUCAAAGAGGACGAAGUAUUUGUUACUUAUGAGGCCACAAGAGAUCAGGUGGAGCCUCCACCUGGCCCAGGUCGAGUUCUUGUGACUCGCUCACCGGCUCUUUUUGAUGGAGACAUUCAAAUUGCUUACAAUACCAUUCCGCCACAUGAUCACCCAUUGUCCAAACAUCGAAACUGUAUUAUUUUCAGUCAGAGAGGCUCUCGAGACCUUCCGAGUAAGUUGAGUGGUGGUGAUCUUGAUGGCGACAUCUUUCACAUUAUCUGGGAUCCAGAAUGCACCCCAGCUGCGACCUAUUUACCGGCUGAUUAUCCUCGAGUGGAGCCAAUUGAUAUCGGGCGUCUUGUGGAUGGAGAGGAUAUGAUGGAGUUUUUUGUCAAUUUCAUGGAAACUGAUCGUCUUGGGAUGAUUGCUACUCGCCAUAUGAUUAUGGCAGAUCAAUCGGAAGGGGGAACGAGCCAUCGUCAAUGCAAAUUGCUUGCACAGCUGCAUUCCAGGGCAGUGGAUUUCUCUAAGACAGGGAUUCCUGUACGGAUGGAGGAGCUACCAAGGACGGUAACUCGAUUUCGACCAGAUUUUUUAGCUCCAGGGCCUCAGGCACAUAUUCUAAAUGAAUCUGAUAUUCAUUUUGAUGCUCAAGUCCUUCGGUCUACCUACGAUGAGGAUGAUGGCUUAGGCCCAGUUCAAAAAUAUUACAGGUCAGAGAAGAUCCUUGGUAAAUUAUACAGAGCUAUAGAUGAGCGACAGGUCUGGUCUGCCAAUGUGCAGUUUGACGUACAAUCCAGGCAGGGUCUAUCUGACGCUGCAUUGUGGGAUCAGUUUUUGAAUUCUGUAAUCCGACAAUGCUCUAGCUUCAGCUCAAUUCCAUGGAUUGAUCACAUGAAUGAAGCAAGGCUCAUUCGAGCUGCAUAUGAGAAUGCCAUUCUUUCCGCAAUGAAUGACUUUUCGGAGCACCCCAUUCAUCCCAUCAGCGAGCUCGAGGUCUUCACUGGGCAAAUUCUGAGCAAAACCGGCGUUCAGAACCAUCGGCAGCGGGCGAGAUCUAUCAAGCUCACUGACGAGUUUGAGCGGAUCCUGCUAUGGAUCAUGGGUCUCAUGCGUCCAUACGGCAAUGGACCCAUCGCUUUGACUGGCUAUGAAACCCCGUAUGAUGCGUUAGCGUUAUGUAUCGCUUGUGUUCAUAUUGCCGAUGAAAAAGAGGAGUCGGACAGGAUUCGGCGCCGCCGGGAUUUGUCUACUGAGCUAAAGAGCUUUCGGGUCGUUUCGGCAUGUGCUCUGCUACAAGAAAUUGACUUGUUUGAGAGGGGUGAGAAACCCUGA